UAGUGCACAGCUACUUCGACAAAGAGUUCGCUUUCGCUGACGCUACUAUUUUUGUACCCGCACAGCGCCGUAGGUCAGAGCUCAUCAGCGACCUUACAGACAAGGAUCUUUCUGAAAUGUCAUAAAAAAUGAUAUAUAUUUUUCCUUGUGCAAGAUAUUGCUAUUAUCGCUUCUGAGGUGGAUGUCUGUGGGAUCAUUAUGCCAUGUGGCUAGGCUACGCCAUCUCUCCCUAGCCCUCCAUAGGCAGGUCCACAGAGCUCGGCAUCUGCACAACGCUUAUGGAGAACCUGAAACGGAGGGACUCGAUGAGGAGGAUGGGAGGGAAGGGGUACAUCCUGGGGGCUACAGGUUACAGUACAACCCCUCCUCUUACUAUCGGCCUCAGCAUGACCCUGGAGCCUCCGUGAGCAGGUUGGAGAUGGAGGAGCAGUGUCAGUCCACCGUCACCUCUGCCUUCAGGCAGCUGAGUAACCGCUACAGUGUCAGCUCCUCACGCCGCCUAUCCAGCACCAAGAACACUCUGCUGGACCUGGCCUUCAACAGAGGCACUGGGGCUAAGGCAGAAAGGGCACCCCGCUACCGCACAGAACCCCUAACCCCAGACGUCAAAGGCGACCCCCGUGCCUUCCAGACAUGCCGCCCAGAGUACUCAGCCAUGACCCUUGACCUGUCCCAGCGGCCUGCCCCAGUCCAUUCCAAGCAGGCCUUUUUCCUGCUGCACAAAGUAACCAUCCUGAAGGGCAGCAUGGAGCCUGUGGAUGUAACUGGUUUCCUCACCAAACUUAGCCACCUGCACCCUGACCAGACACCUUUAGUGAGGGGUGACACGCGUUUCAUCAUGCUGCUCCGCUACUCAGUGGAAAACCUGAGUCACUUCAGCCACUCCCAGCUACUGAAGGUGCUGAGGUCGUUCGUUUGGCUGGGCCUGCCCCCCACUCACAGCAUGCUGGGGCUGUAUGAGGCUGAGCUGGGCCGCAGGGCCGGGGAGAUGGGCCUCCACCAGCUGCUGUUGGCUGCAGACCUGUGGCGCUGCCUUAGGAGGUCUGUGCCUCAGUACCUGCAGUGCCUGUAUGACUGCGCCAGCCUGCACUUAGGCCAGGUAGGUGUCCCUGAGAUAGUCCAGCUUCUGUAUGUGAUGGGGGAGGGCAGGCACUGCCCCAAAGAGCUAGUUCACCCCUUAGAGCAGAUACUGAUGCGUCACCUGGACCAGCUGGAGCCAGAGGAGGUAGGUGCUGUGUGCCUGGGCCUGUUCAAGUCCCAGACAGCACUCUCGGAAGGAUCGGUGAACCGGCUGGUGGACAGGGCCCACUCGGUUGUGUAUGAGAUGAGUGACUUUGCCAUGGUGAAUGUGAUGAAGCUGCUGCGUUUUAGCUACCUGGACCAUCGGGCUUGGCUUGAGGUCAUGGCGCAUGAGGUGCCUCGCCGUGCCCCCAGCAUGGGCGUCCAGGGUCUGAUGCAUGUGGCACUGGCCUGCUCGUCCCUGCAUUACCGCAACGAACGCAUCCUCCUGGCUGUUGCUGAGCGCCUGCCGUCGUUAGCGCCACACUGUCGGAGCAAAGACUCGGGCAAGCUGAUAUGGGCCUUUGGGACCCUAGGUGUCUUGCCCAGCCAGUGCCCUAACUUCUACCCCAGCCUCAUUGAGGCCCUCCGGCAGAGAGAGGAUGAGUUCCAGCGCUAUCCUGAGCACCUCCUAACCGGCCUCCUCGGCCUGGCAUUUAUCUGUCAGCUCCCUGAGGACCUUGUGGCGUUAGCUUUGAGCCCCGAGUUUGUUAGCCUAGCCACCAGGUCCAAACAGCUGGAUCUGAAGAAAGACUUGUUCACUCUGGAUGGGACGGUGGCGUUGGAGCUGCCUCACUGGACUGGCCCGCGGCUGAGUAGAGAGCUGCGGGAGGAGACAACGGAGAUUCUGUGGCGCUUUGCCCAGAAGGACGUGUGUCAGAAGGUUGAGGUCCUGGAGGCAGAGGCUGUGUUACGGGACCUUUUGGGUGGAGAGGAGUUCGUGAGCAAACGAAUGAUCCUGCCUCACACCCGCUCCAUCGACCUGGAGGUGCAUUUGAACCCUGUCGGACAGCCGCUACCUGUGACCUCAGUGCAGACAUACCCCAUUUCUUCUGGCUCUUCUACUCAGGGCUGGGAAAAGAUCAACACAGGAGUCACUCUCACCGAGGACCUUUUGACUCAACUUACCAAUGGCAGAAAGACCCCCCUUCCCCCAACCCAAGCUUUUCAACUGCCCCUCCUCCGAAGGACAGAGCCGGAUGAGGGAGGGGGGCUGUUCAGUGUGGGAGUCGAUCUGACGGACGGGCUUGUGGGGACUCUGACCAAACGUAACAACCCAGGCCCACUCCCCAGGGACUCCCACAAAGCCUCCAUAGCCCCCAUCAGACUGGCCAUCCAGGUGACGAACAGGAACCACUACUGCUACCGCUCUCCACAGCUGCUGGGGCUGCACGCCAUGAAAAGGAGGCAGCUGAAGCUGACUGGAUACCGUGUGGUGGAGCUGCCUCACCGUGAGUGGUUCCCUCUGCUGAGGCGAACCCACGCUGAGAAACUGGCCUAUAUGCACUGCAAGGUUUACGGCACCCUUGACUGACGUGUUCACAUAUGUUUUUUUUAGUAAGCUUAUGGGCAAUCCUUGUUGAGAGGCUGUUGAAUAUAAUGUUAGACUUUUACCUUGUCAUCUCGGGGAUUUGAUCCAGCAACCUUUCGGUUACUGGCCCAACACUCUAACCACGAGGCUGCCUGCCACCCCUGAUCAGUGUGAGAGGUGUCAAAAAUAAAUGUUAUGACUGCAAGAUUUUGAACAGCAGCCAAACAUGACUUCUGCAUGUUCUUCAUGUGUGGGAUGGGACAUUUUUUGUUGCUAGGCCUAAGCUAAAUGGUAAAAGAGGAUCUAUUAAGCGAACGUAAUGUAUGAAUACUUUGAAUGUACAGUACAUAUCACUUCCCCACUGUUGACAUGUUUGCAGUAUUCCAUUAAAUGUUUGAUGGUCCAUUAAAAACCGCUUCAGAGAACUCAUUUUAGUAUCUUCUGUGUCAUAACUCGGGGUGGUAGGCGACAUGCAGUACCUUCGGGAAGUAUUCAGACCCCAGCUUUAUUCUAAAAUUGAUUUAAAUUGUUUUUUCCCCCUCAUUAAUCUACAAACAGUAGCCCAUUUUUUAAAAACAGUUUUUUAUUAAAAGUAAAAAACAAAAGACAUUACAUUUACGGAAGUAUUAAGACCCUAUACUCAGUACUUUGUUUGAUUGGGUUCAAGUCUGGUUUCUGGCUGGGCCACUCAAGGACAUUCAAAGACUUGUCCCUAAGCUACCCCUGCAUUGUCUUGGCUGUGUGCUUCGGUUCGUUGUCCUGUUGGAAGAUGAACCUUCGCCCCAGUCUGAAGUUUAGUGCACUCUGGAGCAGGUUCAUCAAGGACGUCUCUGUACUUUGCUCCGUUCAUCUUUGCCUCGAUUCUAACUAGUCUCCCAGUCACUGCCGCUGAAAAACAACCCCACAGCAUGAUGCCGUCACCACCAUGCUUCGCCGUAGGGAUGGUGCCAGGUUUCCUCCAGACGUGACACUUUGCAUUUAGGCUAAGAGUUCAAUCUUAAUUUCAUCAGACUAAGAGAUUACUUUUUCUAAUGGUCAAAGUCCUUUUUAGGUGCCUUUUGGCAAACUCCAAGCGGGCUGUUGUGUAUUUUACUGAAGAGUGGCUUCAGUCUGUCCACUCUACCAUAAAGGCCCGAUAUGUGGAGUGCUGCAGAGAUGGUUGUCCUUCUGGAAGGUUAUCCCAUCUCCACAGAUGAGCUUUGUCAGUGACCAUCAGAUUCUUGGUCACCUCCCUGACCAAGGCCCUUCUACCCCAAUUGCUCAGUUUGGACCGGGUGGCCAGCUCUAGGAAGAGUCUUGGUGGUUCUAAACUUCUUCCAUUUAAGAAUGAUGGAUGACACUUUGUUCUUGUGGACCUUCAAUGCUGCAGACAUUUUUUGGUACCCUUUCCCAGAUCUGUGCCUCCACACAAUCCUGUCUCGGAGCUCAACUGACAAUUCCUUCGACCUCAUUGCUUGGUUUUUGCUCUGACGUGCACUGUCAACUGUGGGACCUUAUAUAGACAGGUGUGUGCCUUUCCAAAUAAUGUCCAAUCAAUUGAAUUUACCACAGGUGGACUCCAAGUUGAAACAUCUCAAGGAUGAUCAAUGGAAACCGGCUGCAUCUGAGCUCAAUUUCGAGUCUCAUAGCAAAGGGUCUGAAUACUUUUUUUGUUUGUAUAAAUUUGCAAACAUUUCAGAAAACCCCAUAAUGACAAAGCAAAAACAGGUUUUGUGUGUAGAUUGCUGAGAAUUUUUUUAAAUCCAUUUUAGAAUAAGGCUGAAACAUAACAAUGUGGAGGGUCAAGGGGUCUUAUAACUUUCCGAAGGCACUGUAGCCUAUCAGACUCCCCCCCCCCCCGAUUUUAUGGGUUUUUAAUAUUGCGAUAUUUGACAGCUUAUAACCUUACGUUUUGUGCCAUUUACCCCCAGUCCAGCUGUCUAUACAGUAUAGAUAUCUGAUUCAUGUCUACCACAUAUGUGAUUUGGCCUAAAAUGUUCUAUUAUAAUUCGCCAACCCCUAAAUCCAGCAGUUCUUUUUUCUCCCAGCUAUGUAUUUCUGCUUCACUAUGCACAUGCAUUCAUGUAUUUCAUUUAAUUAAGAAAAGUUAUGAGGUUUUCAUGUUAUUGAGUGGAGGCACAUAUGUGAAGGGUUUAAAUUACCAUUUGUUAAUGUUAAUCAGGAAUUCAAAGUAGGAUCUUAAAUCUAAAGCCCAUGUGCCCUUUUGUACGUGCAGGAAAUUAAAAUAUUCUUGAUUCACUGUUCAU